AUGGCCCAGCUCAACGAGCAGUGGGCCCUCAAGCACCAGUGGGCGUCGGUGCUCGAGUGGGCUCUCGAGAUUGCCCGAGCUCACCCGAGCUCACCCGAGCUCACCCGAGCCCACUCUCACCAGGCGUCGCUGCUCGAGUGGGUUCUCGAGGCCAACUGCGAGGUGUCGACCGCCGCCCUCGCGCACGUCUACUUCGAGCGGCUCGUGCUGCGGCGCGUCGUCAACAAGGCGAACCGCAAGCUCGUCGCGGCCGUCUCGCUCUCGCUCGCCGCCAAGUGGAACGAGCCCGAGUCGCUCGGCACGCUCCUCGCCGCCGUCGAGCGCCACUACUCCAUCCCUCGCGCCACCGUCUUCCGCUCCGAGUUCUCGGCCUACGCGGAGCUCGCCUUUGACCUGCGCCUCGAGCCGGGCGACAUCUUCCCGCACUUCUCGCGCCUCCUCACGCAGGCGGAGCGGACGCCGCACGACUACCUCGGCGAGGCCAAUUGCGGAGUUUCAAGCCGAGUUCCUCGAGCCGCCGGCGGAUGA